AUGAUCACGAGGGCGUUCAGCUUGCAGUUGACAGCCUUCAAGGUGACCGGGUCCACGUCAGCUAUAUUCAACGAUGUCGCUUCGUUGAAUGAGAAAGAUUCAUCACAUGUGCUAUCCAAGAACAUGUUGAUUGUUGUGGGAAGCCUGGACAAUUCUCGCUUCAUUCGUGAGCUGGUAGAUAUUGUCCACGGCGAACCCAGCGUACAAUGCCGUGGAAUCUUCAUCAACGAUGAGACACCGGGGUUGACUGAUUGGACGCAUGAGAAGUUUGGACCUAAGUUGAACUCGGAGUUCUACAAGAGAGUUUUCGAAUUGCUCUUGCGUAUGAACGCCAACUUUCUCUGGCCUGCAAUGUGGUCUGGCUUCCCAGAGCCGGGCAACAUCUUCUUUGAAGACGAUCCCUUGAAUCAGGAAAUUGCUAAUAGCAUUCUCACUCUGGGAAUGCGAGGGGAAAGCGACGGCGAAAUCCAGUCAAAGGACUCCCGUGUUAUUUUGACAGAUGUCAUUACCACUCAGAGGAACAUCGUCAAUGACGUGUAUGGAAGGCCAUAUGGUCGUCGGAAUACUACCAAUGACCUUGCUCACCGGAUACUACGUCUUUUUGAUGAUGACUGGUUGCUCACUGAGCAAUAUCACCACUCGCCUUGGGUUGGUGACAAGUGGAACCAUAUUAUGAAGCAGCCACAUUACGGUCUCGAGCCGACAACAUGGCAAGCGCCGUCACGCGACAUGAUCACAGGUCUCAGUUUUGUGCAGCGACGACAAGCUUCAAAUUCCUUAUGUGGUCAAACGGGUAUUGCUGUGGAGGGCCACUCCGGCGCUCGGCCAGGUCUUGUCAAUGAAGAAUCUGAUCGUAUGCAACCUUCAAGGCGUGAACUGGUGUUAGACUUGACUCUGCCAACACUUUGCCGCUAUGGCCCAGAAAGCCGCUUCCUUGAGAUAUACACUCGAGGGGCUAGCGAUGUGGAUUGUUUUACCGACAUCGAGCAAGAUUGGGUCGUCCUCUCUCAAUACUCAGGCCAUCUGUCUCCUGAUGGUCAAGAGGACCAGCGUGUGGAAGUCUCGAUUGACUCGAACAAGGCUCCCAUGAAACUUCAAGAUGACAUUAUUAGCAUCCGAUCUCAACAAGGAGACUUCGAGGAAGUCCAUGUGAAAAUCUUUCCCAGGAAGGUGCCUGACGCUUUCGGCGGCUUUGUGGAGUCGAUCGGGUCAAUUUCAAUCGAUGUUGGUAUGUCACUGAGCAGAUCGCAAGAGGUUUACCAGACAAAUCCUUACCUGGGGCGGACCAGCUCAGGUACUAUUGGACUGAUACAGUUGUCAAAGUCUCCGGGUAUCGAUUGGCAGCCUUUACUGUAUCCUAUCUAUCUCUUCUCCAGCACGUCGACCAUUCGUGUCAUUCUACAUUUCACCAUGACCCUCGGGUACCAACGCGAAGAGCAGCUCAGAUAUAAAAUCGCGCGUGGCGAUUCAAAACAGACAGUGCGAUUGCUAGAGUAUCAUUCGGUCGCAGAUCUUCCGGUUGGCUGGGACGAUGCGGUCCGGGACAACGUCUGGACCCGCACACACUCUUUCCACGCUGUCUGUCCGGGCGCUCACGUCAUAGGAUAUCGACCCCUCUCACGAGGAUUGUUCCAUGAGAGGAUUAUAGUGGAUGUAUGA